AUGACCGACCACCUCGCAGCGCUGAAAACUGAGCAUAUCCUGGUCCUCGGAGCUACGGGACGUCUAGGCAUUGUCUUUAUCAACACAGCUCUAGCGCUCAAGCAGCCACCACUCCUGACACUCUUCGUCCGGCCAGGCUCAGAGUCCAAGCUCCCUGCUUCGGUUUCCAAAUCAGCCCAUGUUCGGGUGAUUCAAGGGCAAAUUGACGAUGCUGCUGCCAUCAAAAAGGCUCUUUCGCCGAGCACACAACCUGACUUCCCCACAGUCACAUGUGUCUUGUCCAUAGUCGGGACCUAUGAAUCUUUCAAGCCACUGUUCACGCGAGACAAGUCACAUCCAGUCGCGGACGCUCUCCGCACCGUCAUUCUACCGACCAUGAAGUCCUGCGGCGUGUCCCGGAUUUUGGCCCCGAGCACAGCGGCAGCAUUCACAUAUCCGGGGGAAAGAGAAUCAAUGUCUCGACUGUGGAGGGUGACUCUUCAUUUCACACCCUUGAUGCCCCAAGGACACGCAGAAAUGGUUGGCAUAACAGAGGCGGUUAUGGACGCUGGGGAAAAGGACCCUGAUCUGAAUUGGGUCCUUUUCCGCGUCCCUCAUAUGACGAACCAAAGCGCCGACCUGAAGAUUGUGGCAGGAUACUUCUCACCGACAUACAAAGCCAUCAUCGAUGUCAGUCGCGGAAGUCUGUCAAAAUGGCUCUUGCAGGAGAUAUGUACAAACGAGUGGUCACGCAAAGCACCAUCGGUUGCUAAUGCGUCCUCUUGA